GGCAGCCGUCGUCGUAGCCGAGCCCGUCAUCGCGAAUCCCGACGUGAUUCGUCGAGUGGGAAAUUUCCGAUUUUUUCGUUUAAUUUUUUUUUUUUUUAUUAUUAUUUAGUAACAAGUAUCGUCUUCUGUCCUCUCGUUCUUUGAUCAAGAAUUCGGGACGAUUAAUUACGACUCUCGUUAGUCGUUACAUUUAGUGAUCACUCCUUUAUCGCUUCAGUCACUCACUCUGACUGAGCAUUUCGAGCACACGGACAAUAAUUGAGAAAUCGUACUCACGGCGAACACCGAUCAAAAUAUAAAAAAGUUACAGUACAAGACCGGACGACAACUGCAUUCGACGGCAUCGUCGUUUCUGCAGAACAUCAAUCAAAUAUGGCUAUAAAUGUGUAUUCAACUAAUGUGACUUCUGAUAACUUGAGUCGUCAUGACAUGUUAGCGUGGGUAAAUGAUACUCUGUCUGCAAGUUUUACAAAAAUAGAAGAACUAUGUUCAGGAGCUGCUUACUGUCAAUUUAUGGAUAUGUUAUUCCCUGGUAGUGUGCAAAUGAAACGAGUCAAAUUUAGAACAAAUCUUGAACAUGAAUAUAUACAAAAUUUUAAAAUACUCCAAGGAGCUUUCAAAAAAAUGGCAGUUGACAAGAUAGUACCUAUAGAUAGGCUGGUCAAGGGGCGUUUUCAGGAUAAUUUCGAGUUUUUGCAAUGGUUCAAAAAAUUUUUUGAUACCAAUUACCAAAUGAAUGAUUACGACCCAGUAGGUGCGCGCAGUGGUGAGGGAAUGGGAGCAGCCGGCGCAGCAGCCAGAGCAGGUCCUGUCAAAAAACCAUCGGCAGCAGUACCGCCUAGAAAUGCCACCACCCAAAACCGUUUAUUCCGUCCCGCGAGUAACAGCAAUAUGUCUAAUCGUGUACCCUCAACAAGACCAGCAGCACCAGCCAGUCAGCGUGAUAGAGGCGAUCAUAAAAUUGAUGAACUUACUAGACAGAUGAGUGAAUUGAGAGUUACAGUUGAGGGUUUGGAAAAAGAACGCGAUUUCUAUUUUGGUAAAUUGCGUGACAUUGAGGUGAUAUGCCAGGAACAAGAAAGUGAACAUCCAUUAUUCUCCAAAGUAUUGGAAAUUCUUUAUGCAACAGAGGAAGGAUUUGCUGCUCCAGAAGAGGUUGAUACUAACAACCAUGAUGAUGAUGAAGCUUACUAAUAGAGUCUCUUAUUUAAUUUUUUUUUACUUAAUUAUGAUUUUUUUUAAUAUUUAUUAUAUUUUACAGUACGCUAUAUAAUAAACUGCUAAAAGCACAUGUUCAAAA